AAUUUCCGGUCUAGCAGCUAAACAAAUUCAAACCGCUGAGGUCGUUAUUACGAGAGGUGAACGUUGUUUGGCAAGCAUCUAAGAGAUAAAGAUUAUUUUAAAGGAAUUAUAUUUUUGUAUUAAGGAAGAUUAUAUUUUAUCAAAGUUGACGAUGGCGCUAAGAAAUCGACCAGUGCUUAUGAAUAAUGUUAAUAAAGAAAAUGUUAUAAAUUCGAAGUCAUCUAUUGCCGCAAGAACAGUAACAACUAAAAGAGCCGUAUUUGGAGAAUUAGGAAAUAAAGUAAAUACACAAAGAGGAGCAGAACCUAUUGAAAGAAGUAGUUUGUUGUUAAAGGAAAAAAAACAAAUAAUCUGUAAGAAGAAUGACGUUAAACAAAUUGAAAAAGUCGUAGAAAAAGUUAAAGAAAAGCCUGCAAAAGUACAAGAAAAGCCACAAGUGCAAUUAGUUAAACCCAUACCAAAAGUUCAAGUUUCUAUAGAAACAAAUUCAUUACCAUCAGCACCUACGAUAUCUACAACAAAAGAAAAAGAAUCAUUUUCGUCUGAUCUUAUGACUGUUGAAGAUAUAGAUGAAACGGAUAAGGAAAAUCCAAUUCUGGUUUCUAUGUAUUGUAAUGAUAUAUAUGAAUAUUUAAGAAGUUUAGAAAAAAGAUUUCCUAUUAAAAAGGAUUAUUUAACUGGACAAGAAGUCACUGCCAAGAUGAGAAGUGUUCUUAUAGAUUGGCUUAUUGAAGUACAUCAACAAUUUCAUCUUAUGCAAGAAACAUUAUAUCUUACUAUUGCUAUAAUCGAUAGAUUUCUUCAGUCAUACAAGACUAUAGAUAGGAAAAGAUUACAGCUGGUAGGUGUAACAGCAAUGUUUAUAGCUAGUAAAUAUGAAGAAAUGUAUUCACCAGAUGUAAGCGAUUUUGUGUAUAUAACUGAUAACGCAUACACAAAAUUAGAAAUUUUGCAAAUGGAACUGCUCAUUUUAAGAACUCUUGACUUUUCAUUUGGACGACCAUUACCACUUCAUUUUUUAAGAAGAUAUAGUAAAGCUGGAAAGGCACUUCCCAUACAUCAUACAAUGGCCAAAUACUUUUUGGAACAGAGUUUAGUACAUUAUGAAAUGUGUCAUUAUUCACCAAGUUUAAUAGCAGCAGCAGCCAUAUAUUUGGCAUUUGUAAUCCUUGGUAAUAAUGAAGAAAAUGAAAAUAAGAAAAUUUGGACAAACACUUUAGAAUAUUAUAGUAAUUAUACUAAGGAAGAUAUAUUACCUGUUGUGAAGGAUAUUGCUGUUAUUAUAACAAAUGCAGAUAAAAGUAAAUAUCAAGCUGUGAGAAAGAAAUAUGUAAAUGCCAAAUAUAUGAAGAUUAGUAUUCGUCCAGAACUUAAAUCCCCAACUAUAGUUGCCAUGGCAAUAGAAGACAAAUAAACUUAAUCCUUUCACUAAUAUCAUUAAAAAUAAAUAUUGCAGAAAGAAA